AUGGCAUCUGGCAAUAAUGAUCAAAAUAAUUUAUCAGAAUGGACCGAUCUUAAAUUUAUUUGGCUCGAUACCUUCGUUCGUGUGGCUCGUCUAAAAUUCACAGAACUGAUCGAUCCCGAGAAAUGGACAUUUUUCGAUAAAGAAGAUGCGUGUAUUGCCUACAUUCAAAGUGCUGAAUGUAAAACAAAACCUGUAUUUCUUGUAUCAUCCGGACGUCUCGGACAAUACGUCGUGCCUAAAGUUCAUGAUUUGCCCCAGUUCUAUGCCGCUUACAUCCAUUGUGCCGAUAUUGAACGCAAUACAGUAUGGAGUCAGACUUAUAACAAAGUAAAAGGCGUUUACUACGAUGAUGAAAAAGAAAUAUUUCCUAAAUUGGCUAAAGACGUUUCAGAACUAUAUGUGAAUAUGGGAGAUAAGUAUCUCGCCGCAAACAAACGUCCUCUAGCGAUCAGCUGUUACUGUACAGCUUUAGAAAAACGAGACUUUGUUAAGGACGACCCAAGUUUUCAACCAUUUGUAGACCGUUUGACAUAUAAAAUGAAAUAA